CCAGGGUCCCCUGCGGUUUUUCUAAUUUGAAGCGGAGGUGGAAGGUCACGGAGUCGGUCUUCUCUCCUCAUGUGGCCUGGGUGAAGGGAACUUGCCCCUGGUGGGAAACGCCGCACCUUCCAACCCGCUCUUCCAGGAGUGGAAUGGUUCUUCUCUAGUCGUUGACUUUAGGGUCACUUGAGAGCUGCUGUGCUCACAGAGGCCCACUUAGGGGGAGAACAAGGAUGUAAUGGUGGAGAAAGGAAGGCAGGGUGUGGUGAGGUCAGGAGACGGCACGAUCAGGGGUCAAAACGGGGAAAAUGGGAGCAGCAGACCUAAGUCAUGGGAAAAUAGCUAUUUCAAAAUUCCUAGGCAAUAUCCCUGAGUUGUUAGUUUCAAGUAGGGGUGGGGAGAAAGGAUGAUAUCCACAGGUGACUAUGGCAUGUUCUGGAGGAGACCAGGUGUUCCUGCAAGUCUUCCAGUGACAUUUUCUGAACCCCGUACGCCUCACGCUUUAACUACAGCCGCGUUGGGAGAGCACUAUCACAAUAGAAUACCGUGAUGUUCGGUGACUUUCUGUCCAGAUGCUGAGGUACCUGUCUCCUUGGCACAGGCCAGUACGGAGCUGUAGUUGGAGUAGAUUGUGCCUUCUGAAGCGAUAUCUGUUUACAAUGAAGUUGCAGUCAUCAGAAUUCCAGUCACUUUUCACAGACGGAUUGAAAAGUCUGACAGAAUUAUUUGUCAAAGAGAAUCAUGAAUUAAGAAUAGCAGGAGGAGCAGUAAGGGAUUUACUAAAUGGAAUAAAGCCUCAAGAUGUGGAUUUUGCUACUACUGCUACCCCUACUCAGAUGAAAGAGAUGUUUCAGUCAGCUGGUGUUCGGAUGAUAAACAACAAAGGAGAAAAGCACGGAACAAUUACUGCCAGGCUUCAUGAAGAAAAUUUUGAAAUUACUACACUACGGAUUGAUGUCAUCACUGAUGGAAGACACGCUGAGGUAGAAUUCACAACUGAUUGGCAGAAAGAUGCUGAGCGCAGAGAUCUCACUAUAAAUUCUAUGUUUUUAGGUUUUGAUGGUACUUUAUUUGACUACUUUAAUGGUUAUGAAGAUUUAAAAAAUAAGAAAGUUAGAUUUGUUGGACAUGCUAAACAGAGAAUACAAGAAGAUUAUCUUCGAAUUUUAAGAUAUUUCAGGUUUUAUGGGAGAAUUGUAGACAAACCUGGUGACCAUGAUCCUGAGACUUUGGAAGCAAUUGCAGAAAAUGCAAAAUGCUUGGCUGGAAUAUCAGGAGAGAGGAUUUGGGUGGAACUGAAAAAAAUUCUUGUUGGUAACCAUGUAAAUCAUUUGAUUCACCUUAUGUAUGAACUUGAUGUGGCUCCUUAUGUAGGUUUACCCGCUAAUGCAAGUUUAGAAGAAUUUAACAAAGUCAGUAAAAAUGUUGAAGGUUUUUCACCAAAGGCAAUGACUCUUUUGGCCUCAUUAUUCAAAGUACAGGAUGAUGUCAUAAAAUUGGAUUUGAGGUUGAAGAUUUCAAAAGAAGAGAAAAACCUUGGCUUAUUUAUAGUUAAAAAUAGGAAAGAUUUAAUUAAAGCAACAGAUAGUUCAGAACCACUGAAACCCUAUCAAGACUUCAUUAUAGACUCUAGGGAACCUGAUGCGAUCACUCGUGUAUGUGAACUACUGAAGUACCAAGGAGAGCACUGUCUUCUAAAGGAAAUGCAGCAGUGGUCCAUCCCUCCGUUUCCUGUAAGUGGCCAUGAUAUCAGAAAAGUGGGCAUUUCUUCAGGAAAAGAAAUUGGGGCUCUAUUACAACAGUUGCGAGAACAGUGGAAAAAAAGUGGUUACCAAAUGGAAAAAGAUGAACUCUUAAGUUACAUAAAGAAGACCUAAAACUGAUGGGAGCGGGUUAUGAAGAAGUGGAGGAUUUUUGGUAAGC